AUGGACAGCAUCAAUGUGCGCUACGACAAGUGGACAUACGGGCAACUUUGCGUCUCUGAGUCCGUGCAGGCAACGACACCAGGACCAACGCUGGCGCCUACGCUUGCACCAACGGCCGCACCAACGGUGAGCAGCGCUGGAGCCACUGGAGACCCACACCUGCAGAAUAUGUUCGGUCAGAGGUUCGAUUUGAUGAAGCCUGGCGCUCAUGUCCUCAUCAACAUCCCUCGCGGGGUGCGGGCUGAAAACGCUUUGCUUCGAGUUGAGGCCGAGGCGCGCCGAAUGGGUAGGGGCUGCGCGGACAUGUAUUUCCAAACGUUGAAUGUUACAGGCCAGUGGGCGGAAGCCGGGCAAGAAAGAGGCUACCAAUACGAUGCGCUCAGUGGCUCCAAGGAGAGUCCAAGAUGGUUGACUAUUGGUAAAGUCGAGAUCAAGGUUACCCAUGGCCAAACGGAAAGCGGCAUCCGGUAUUUGAAUUUUUACGUCAAGCAUUUGGGUCAAGUUGGCUUCGCCGUGGGAGGCUUGCUCGGAGAGGACGACUUCACCGACGCAGCCUCGAUCCCGGAUGGGUGUAAGAAGAUGACUUCGCUGCACCCGGGCGCAGUUGCGCGCGCCAGCAAUUCGUCAUCGCUUUCUGUUGCCAUCGCAAUUGUAGCAUGA